GAAACUACCAGAUGGCCUUCAAACAUCAAAUUCAAUUCAAAUAUAUUGAAGCUCUAGUUCCUCCUCUAGUUGGUUCCGUGCCAAUCCAAUUCAAACUUUAAGCGUUUCUUACAGUCUUCCAUCUCUAAAAGAUGGGGAUUCGAUUGCUAUCCCUGGUUCCUCAUGCCAAGCAAAUCCUCAAGAUGCAGGUAGGCAUCACCAAAAGUCAGAAGGAUGUUCCAAAAGGCCAUGUAGCCGUAUAUGUGGGAGAGAUGCAAAGGAAGCGAUUCGUGGUUCCAAUAUCAUACUUGAACCAUCCAUCAUUCCAGCAAUUGCUUAGCCAUGCAGAGGAAGAGUUUGGCUUCCAUCAUCCGCAGGGGGGUCUAACAAUUCCUUGCAAAGUGGAUGCCUUUAUUGAUCUCACUUUAAGAUUGCAAGUAUUUUGAAGUACAAAGAGUGAAGGGAAACCUUUCUGUUCCUAAUAUUAUUUUUUUUCAGGAUUUUCCUGAUUCAUUCAGCUUUUGACUCAUACAAGAAUUUUGUACAAUGUAAAACCUUCCUGCCUGAAAAUGAGUGGCGUUGUAAAGGUGCAUUUACUAACAAAACAGAAUCGAAAUAAUAGACAAAUUCAGGAUGAAUUUCUACCUAGUUUUUUCUUUGGUUCUACUGUGAUAGGUAUCCAGGCUCUGGACAGCAUGAAAAUUUGUUGCUAGAUGAAUUAUAUAUCAACAAAGUAACUGAAUAUUAUAUUGAAACGUUGAAACA